AAUCACAAUCUUAACACUCGUUAAUUUUCUUGCUUAGCUGCUUGUUACUACACAUUUUUCCUUUACACGUACGUACAAAUGUCUUCCUUAUCGUCUUUCGCAUCGAAACCUUUCAACUCUAUUCUUCAAUGUUGCUUGUUUUUGGUACUAAUUGGAGCAGUUUCAGCUCAAUUAUCAUCCACUUUUUAUUCGGGUACGUGUCCAAAUGUACUCUCCACAAUCCAAUCUGCUGUUCAAUCUGCGGUAGGGAGCGGUUCUCGCAUGGGAGCAUCCUUACUUCGGCUUCAUUUCCAUGACUGCUUUGCUACUGGGUGUGAUGGUUCAAUUUUGCUUAACGACACUGCAAAUUUCACCGGAGAAAAAACAGCAAUUCCAAAUGUUAAUUCGGUGAGGGGUUAUGAUGUGAUCGACACAAUAAAAUCUCAAGUGGAGAAUAUAUGUCCUGGGAUCGUGUCUUGUGCUGAUAUUGUAGCUGUUGCUGCUAGAGACUCUGUGGUCGCGCUUGGUGGACCAAGUUGGACUGUACCAUUAGGAAGAAGAGAUUCAACUACGGCUAGUCUAACUUUAGCUAAUUCUGAUAUUCCUGCCCCUUUCCUCAACAUAACCGAACUCCUUAGAUCAUUUUCGAACAAAGGCUUUUCUCCUCAAGAAAUGGUUGCUUUAUCAGGUGCGCACACCAUUGGGCAAGCAAGAUGCACAACUUUCCCAACACGGAUCUAUAACGAGACUAACAUAAACUCCACAUUUGCUACGUCUUUGCAAGCAAAUUGUCCUCGUAAUGGAGGGGAUGACAACCUUUCACCACUGGACAGAACAAGUUCAACAACGUUUGAUAAUGCAUAUUUUACCAACUUGUUAAGCCUAGAGGGUGUUCUUCAUACCGACCAAGAAUUAUUUAAUGGGAAUGGUACAGGAACCACUGACUCUUUUGUCUCGUCUUAUAGUUCGAGUUCUUCUACAUUCUUCACCGAUUUCUCUGAUGCAAUGGUUAAGAUGGGUAAUGUUCCGGGUGUGGAACUGGAGGAGCCCUGCUUGGUGAUGCUGCCCUGUCAGACAGAACGAACGUAAGCUAACCUCGGGGGUUUAACCGAGGAAACCCCCUCCUAUGCCUAAGUCAGCGAAUGAGAUAAUGUUCUAGAGAGAGAAAGUAGAGAGGGUUAAGAAUUGUACUUGUAUUGAACGUGUCCGCAAAUGAAUGGGGACGGCAGUAUUUAUAGGCGUACUAUUCAGUACUUUGGCCUAUUCAGAUGUUGCCGUGUGUACGCUAGUGAUGUACUUGUUGUUUGUCCUUUUGCUUAACGACGUAUCUAUGUUGUCGUCUAGCAGGUCGUUUUCCCGCAGACCUGAGGGUCUGUGCGGUUCUUGAGGACUUGUGGUACUUUCAAUAGGUACUUCCUGCGGUUGCUUUGCUUGAUCUGUCUUAUCUGAUGUCCGAUGGUCUCCUGUGACAUGGAUGAUCUGCUAGGUUACUUCUACUCCGUACAACUAGUCCCCAAGAGUAGGGCUGACUACUUGGAGUUAGACCUGCUCUUUCAGUGUUCUUUGGCUGCAUCCUGUACAACUAGUCCCCAAGAGUAGGGCUGACUACUUGGAGUUAGACCUGCUCUUUCCGGUCAUAACUUGCGCGAUUGUCUUUAGCGUUCGAAAGGAGAAUAAACCGUCAUGGUUUAUUGCGCCCCACGUGUCCUUCAUCCAGGUAGGUGACUCGAAGGGUCUUCAAAUCUUGGCCGUUUAUUUCUCCUUUUAAAUACGGGUUUCAGUUACUUUCUUCUUCU